AUGAAAUUCUAAUAGAAAGAAACAGAGAAGAAACAGAGGUGUGUGUGGAAAGCACCAAAAUCACACCCAUAAACCCCAAUUUCCCAAACCUCCACCCUUUCCACCAAGUCCAAAAGCCCUACCAAAAUCCAAAUUUCAUUAUUAUUACCACAGCCAUAGCCAUCAUAUUCAUCUUCCUAUCAUUUUCUUCACUCCAUUUCCAUCAUCACCAUGGCCCUCAACAUGAAAACCCUUACCCAAGCCCUAGCCAAAACCGCUGCAGUGAUCGAGAAGACGGUUCAGACCACUGUCCAGGAGGUCACCGGACCCAAGCCCCUUCAGGACUACGAGCUCCUUGACCAGAUCGGCACCGCCGGCCCGGGACUGGCCUGGAAGCUCUACUCCGGCAAGGCCAGGGGCGGAUCCGCCGUGUCGCAGCAGUACCCCACGGUGUGCGUGUGGGUUUUGGACAAGAAGGCUCUGUCCGAGGCGAGGACGCGGGCGGGGCUGUCGCGGGCGGCCGAGGAGUCGUUUUUGGAUGUGAUUAGGGCGGAUGCGGGGAGGUUGGUGAGGCUGCGGCACCCGGGGGUGGUGCACGUGGUGCAGGCGCUAGAUGAGAACAAGAAUGCAAUGGCGAUGGUGACGGAGCCGUUGUUUGCGUCGGUGGCGAAUGCGCUGGGGAGUUUGGAGGGGAUUGGGAAGGUGCCUAAGGAGCUUAAGGGGAUGGAAAUGGGAUUGUUGGAGGUGAAGCAUGGUCUGCUCCAGGUUUCAGAAACCUUGGAAUUUCUUCAUAACAAUGCUCGUCUAAUUCAUCGGGCUAUAUCACCUGAGACUGUCGUCAUUACUUCAAGUGGAGCUUGGAAACUCAGUGGAUUUGGCUUUGCAAUUUCUUCAGAUCAGGCAUCGGGUGAUUUAGCUAAUGUGCCAGCCUUCCAUUAUGCUGAAUAUGAUGUUGAGGAUUCAAUACUGCCCCUUCAGCCAUCACUGAAUUACACUGCUCCUGAACUGGUUCGGAGUAGAGGAUCUCCAGCUGGAUCUGCUUCUGAUAUUUUCAGUUUUGGAUGCCUUGCCUACCACUUGAUUGCUCACAAGCCUUUGUUUGACUGCCACAACAAUGUGAAGAUGUACACGAAUAGUUUGACUUAUUUAACCAAUGAAGCUUUCACAUCUAUUCCUCCAGAGUUGGUUCCUGAUUUGCAAAGAAUGCUUUCUACAAAUGAGUCUUUUAGGCCAACAGCUUUGGAAUUUACAGGUUCUCCAUUUUUUCGAGAUGACACUAGGUUGCGUGCUCUUCGCUUCUUGGACCACAUGCUUGAAAGGGAUAACAUGCAGAAGUCUGAGUUUCUAAAAGCAUUAUCAGAUAUGUGGAAAGAUUUUGACUCUCGUGUUUUGCGUUAUAAGGUGCUUCCACCUCUUUGUGCAGAACUUCGAAAUUUGGUGAUGCAACCAAUGAUUCUUCCCAUGGUUCUCACAAUAGCGGAGUCUCAGGAUAAAAAUGAGUUUGAGUUAUAUACUCUGCCAGCUCUUGUUCCUGUCCUGAGUACUGCUUCAGGUGAGACACUAUUGCUGCUUGUGAAGCAUGCAGAGCUUAUCAUCAACAAGACUAGUCAUGAGCAUUUAGUAUCACAUGUCCUGCCUUUGCUUGUUCGAGCUUAUGAUGAUAACGAUGCUCGCAUACAAGAGGAAGUGUUGAGGAGAUCUGCGUUCCUUGCCAAGCAACUUGAUGCUCAGCUCGUAAAACAAGCUAUCUUGCCUCGUGUUCAUGGAUUGGCUCUUAAAACCACUGUUGCUGCAGUGAGAGUGAAUGCUUUGCUAUGCUUAAGUGACUUGGUUAGCACACUUGACAAACAUGCUGUUCUAGAUGUCUUGCAAACAGUCCAACGUUGUACCGCAGUUGACCGUUCUCCUCCAACAUUAAUGUGUACGCUUGGGAUUGCAAACUCAAUUCUUAAGCAGUAUGGUAUAGAAUUUGCUGCUGAGCAUGUCCUUCCGCUACUCACACCUCUUCUCAUUGCUCAACAAUUGAAUGUUCAACAGUUUGCAAAGUAUAUGCUCUUUGUUAAGGAUAUCCUCAGGAAGAUUGAAGAAAAACGAGGGGUUACCUUAACUGAUUCUGGAAUGCCACAAGUAAAAACACCUUCUUUUUCUGAUGGGCUUCAGUCUGAGGCAUUGAAAAAAGUAAGUGGAACAGUCUCUUCUGCAGCAAAGAGCAGCACAUCAUGGGAUGAAGAUUGGGGUCCCACAACAAAGGCACCUGCUAAUUCUAUUCAACCCUCUACGAUCUCUAUCUCAUCCACUCUUCCUUACCCGAGUAAUCAGCCAAUUGAAGUUGCUUCUAUGCAACCACAUUCUUCUUUGACUUCUGCAUCAAGUCAGCACACAGCUUCGACAUGCCCCCCAGUCGAUAUUGAGUGGCCGCCUCGGGCAUCAUCAGGUAUGACUCCCAAACUAGGAGAUGCUACGAAUCAAAAGCCUAACACAGGGUCUCCAUCUACUUCAACUUUUGAUGAUAUAGAUCCUUUUGCUGAUUGGCCACCGCGACCUGGUGGUUCCUUAAAUGUUUCUGGAUCUUCCAACAAUGGCAUAGUGGCAUCAUCCAACAACAAAUAUGGGACCAGUUCAAGCUCAGGUGCGAUGAAUGAUGUCAUCUUCCAAACCAACAGUGAUAUGAGUUGGGCCUUCAACACCCAGAAAUUGGUGGAGCCAUCAAGGCAGAACCAGGGGAAUUCGACCUUCAAUAGUACUAGUUUAAACAGUGGACUCAACUCCCAGAGCUCUAUUGGGUUCAUGAAACAGAAUCAAGGGAUUUCAACUUUGGGUUCGUAUAAUGACAAGAAAACAACAGAUCUGGGGUCCAUAUUUGCUUCUAGCAAGAACGAUCAUGCUGCACCUAGACUUGCUCCUCCCCCACCAACUGCUGUGGGAAGAGGAAGAGGGAGGGGGAGGGGAAAUCAAGGUCAUUCAAAUGCUAGGCCUGCUCAUGCCAAAUCACCAUCUGAACAGCCGCCCCUUUUGGAUUUGCUGUAAUGGGCUGUCUUGCCUUCAUUUGUCUCAGGAAAUGCUAAAACUGCAAAGAAAUAUUGGACGAGCAUUUUGUGUAGAUUUUCCAUCCCACGGGUGCUCGGAGAUGGGUUGUAAUCUGUAGAGUGGUAAAAGGGUAUCAGUUCAUUUUUCAGCCUUGGCAACAAUGCAUAGGCGGCUCUCUGGGAUGGUGAGGUUUGUUAUAUAAUGGUUUGUUUUGUUCUGCCUAUAGAUUAAUGUGAUUGAAUUCUUGAUUUUUUUCCCCCUUUUGUUUUCUUGUUUAUUUCCUUAGUAUUUUGAUAUUGAGAAUAUUUCUCUCAAGGAUAGUGUAUUCUUCAACAGAGUUUCAACCCACUGCCAUGAUGGGUCUGGAAAUAAUAAUGAAAUGUGAAAUUGUUGAAUUUGUGUUCA